GAAUCGACGAAUUGUGUACAACGCGGUCUCUAGAUUGUGUUAUCUGAAUCAGACGAAUUCGAGCCUCGGGAUCAUCGCAUCGAUGUCGUCCUCGGCAGAAGAUGCCACUGAAGCCGGCGGGAAACAGCCGCGCUUCGAGCGAGAUCGCCACGUGUCGUACUUCGUUAAUUGCCUCAACGGUCUUCCCGCCGCGUACGAGUCGCAGGAGAGCAACCGGCUCACGCUAGCUUACUUCUGCGUCGUGGCUCUAGACCUUUUACAAGCUCUCGACCAGGCUUGUACGCGUUAUAAGCAUCACCAUCAUUGGCACCUGCACCGUGAGUUGACUUCACACAGCAACCACCAGCUCACCCUGGCGUACUUCUGCGUUGUCGCUCUGGAUCUCUCACGGGCUCUCGACCAGGUCGACCGCCAGAAGAUUCUCAACUGGGUGCAUUCACUCAAGGUCCUGGACCCUGGAUUCACCCAUGCAAAGGCUGGUAACCAUGUAACAGAUCCUGUCGCCACCACCAUUCCCCCUCCACUCGCUCAAGUUGCCACAUCCAUGUCAACCCUUUCUGUGGAAGCUGGUGCUGACGUGUCAUCCCUUUCCCUGCAAGUGGGUGCUGACGUGGCUCCAAGCAGCAGCGAGGUACGGGAAACAGCAGGGUGCAGCAUUGGCAGCGAGGGCGCCUUGUGCCUGGGAGCAGAAGUGCUAGGGUUUCGAGGGUCGCCUUCUAUUGGAGUGAAGAGCAGCACUCAGGGGGCGCCCAAGCAGUCCCCCUACGACUGCAGCCACAUCGCGAUGACGUACACCGCCCUCGCCAUCCUCGCGACCCUGGGGAUUCCUGGUGGGACUCGGGGAGGAAAGGAGGGUGCUGUUUCGAGAGGGGGAGAUGAAGCAGCGGAUUUGAGUCGUGAGGGGGCCGUUUUUGAGAAUUCUCAAAAACACCCUGCAAAAUCAGGGACACGGGGAGGAAAGGAGGAUGCCGUUACACGAGAGGGAUAUGAAGCAGCGGAUUUGAGUGGAGAAGGGGCCGUUCCAGAAGGCGAGGGACGAGAAGAGGAACCGGAAGCAGCAAGCGAACAGAUGGAGCAAGCAAGAAGGGAAGGCGCGGAUGGAGCAAGCAGGAAGGGGGUUGAUAGGGGGAGUGGAAGGGAGGGAGGUGCAGAUGCAUCGGGGGCAGGGGAAUUGCCAGGCAUGGCUAGGUCUCUGAGAGAGCUGCAGUUACAAGAUGGGAGUUUCAUGCCCGUCGUGUGUGGCAGCGAGUCCGACAUGCGAUUCGUAUUCUGCGCUGCGGCUAUUUCUAGCAUGAUCGGGGAUUGGCGGGGAGUGGACGUUGCUCGUGCUGUCAGCUACAUCCAGAGGUCACAAUCAUUUGAUGGGGGAUUCGGCCUCGGCCCCGGUUUUGAAUCACACGGAGGAGCGACCUACUGUGCUGUGGCAGCGUUGCAACUCAUUUCUUCCUCGCCAUUGGCAGCAGCAGCAGCAGCAGCAGCAGGAGCAGCGUCGUUGUCAUCGUCAUUAUUGCCAACGUCACCAUCACCAUCGUCAUCAGCACCGGCACUGGGGUCGUCACAGCUAUCACAGUUUCCACUGCUGCUGUCGCUGCUGCAAUCGCUGCCAACACCAACAGCAGGCUCGCAUGAUGAGCCGGCGGUGGCAGAGGCUCAGGAAGAGCCAGCAGCAGCAGCAGACGUGCAAACAUGCAUCUCCCAUUUCCCGUCGACCAACUUGCUUCCACUUAUUGACUGGUGCCUUCAGAGGCAGGGAGUGGAGGGGGGGUUUCAGGGGCGGCCCAACAAGCCAGCUGACACGUGCUAUGCCUUCUGGGUGGGCGGCACACUGAGCAUGCUUGGCGCAGACCAACUCAUUGACUUCGUUGCUCUCCGCAGCUUCCUCUUCACCUGCCAGAACACGAGGUACGGCGGCUUCAGCAAGCACCCCGGGGGGUUCCCUGACAUUCUCCACUCCUUCUAUGGCGUCUGUGGGUUCUGCCUCGCUGGGGAGCCCGGUCUGCUUCCGCUGCACGUCCCCCUGGGCAUCUCCAAGCGCGCAGCUGAGUGCUUUGGAGGUAGCAGUUGCCAGUAGUACUGUGCUGGUCAUGCUGCUGUUCAUGGCAUUAUCUGUCCUUUUCUAUGGCGUCUAUGGGUUCUGCCUCGCUGGGCCCGGCCUGCUUCCCCUGCACACCCCCCUGGGUAUCUCCAAGCGAGCGGCUUAUUGCUUUGGAGCAAGGCACUAGUGUUAGUAGUACUGUGCAUGGCAUAUUGGUAGUACCCUAGCCUCCACUCCGCUCUUUUGAUGGGGGACGCACAGGUGUAAGUAAGUUCCCACGGAUCAAUCUUUACUCAUUGGAGGAAGUGCUGCAGCACGGUGUUACUUCCAUUGUCAGCAGAAGGAUCAAUCUUGUAAAAACAUAAUUAAUUCUACCAAAACGG